UCAUCUAAUAAUUUAAUAUCUACAUCUACCUUGUGAUACGUCUACAGCUAAUCUAUAAUACGUCUAUAAACAGUUACUGAUAUGUCUACAUCUAGCUACUAACAUGCCUAUAUCCUAGUCACUGAGACAAUUUUGUCUAGUCACUGGUGCGAAUCUAUAUACCAACCAUCGAUGCAUCCAUUUUCUCUCACGCCUUGAUCCAUAUCACUACUGAAUAAAAAAAAAAAAAAAAUCGACAUCGUGCCACGAGGAAAUUCUCUCGGGGAAGUUAACAGCAACUCAGUUUUUUUUCUCGUGCCUGAAGUCCAGGAACGAAAAAAGGAGAGCAGGUAGUGUCGGACGGGGUUCAGACGUGACGUCACGACCUCGGAUACAUAUAUAUAUAGUGAGUCCGAUUUUAGGGCAUCGGUAGUGUGAAGCGAUCAUCACCUGAGGAAAGAUGAAGUGUCAGAUUUGGAUUCUUGCCGUCACGGCUCUUGUCGUCGCAGCCGAUUCUCCUCCUACCUACCUCUACGAGCCUCCACGCCAUGCAGGAGGAUCCUCAGCUGAGACAACUGGGUCGCGUCCCGUUUACCGCGUCCCGCAGGACUCAGGAGAAAACUCCGAGGAGUACGGUCCCGCUAAGUACGACUUCGAAUGGGCAGUGAAGGACGACGACUCCGGCAACGACUUCGGCCACCAGGAAGCCCGUGACGACGACCACACCCAGGGAUCCUACUACGUGCAGCUCCCCGACGGCCGCCUGCAGACCGUCAAGUACGUCGUGGACGGCGACGACGGCUACGUGGCCGAAGUCAGCUACGAGGGCGAGGCUCAGUAUCCGGAAUCCCACGAGAUCCGGGAAUAUUCCUCACCGAGACGAGCUUAUUCCGCCCCCGAAUUAGAGGAGGAAGAAUACCGCGAGGCCCCGGAUUAUACUCCCCCCAGACCCCGUUACACCGCACCGGAAUCGAAGGACAGAGGAAUCUCGCGAAGUUCCUACUUACACGCCACCAAGACCCCGUUACACCGCACCGGAAUCGAAGGAAGAAUCUCUUGAAGUCCCAGUCUAUACUCCCGCUAGACCCCGCUACGCCACAGCGGAAUCGAAAGAGGAGGAAUCUCGCGAAGUCUUCAGAGCCCGCUACAGCGCACCGGAAUCAAGGGAGGAGGAAUCUCAGGAACGCCAUGCUUACACCCCGCCAAGACCUCGCUACGCCGCCCCUGAAUCCAAGGAAGACGCCUCGCCUGAAGUCCCUGUUUACACUGCCCCAAGACGCCGCUACAGCGCCGUGGAAUCCCAGGAAUCGAAGGAAUCCACAGGAUCCAACAGCUACAACAGCCACCACUCUCAGGAAUCUCGCGAGGACUUCAGGGAUCGCCACGACGGGAAGGAUUCUAAGGAGUCGCGCGAAACGAACUUCUUCAGAGUCCCUUCCUACCUGCCUCCCCGGUCCAAGUAGGCGCCUGAGGGCACGGCAUUCGUAGAAAAGGGGGCGUGUCACUGCCUCUGACUUAGGGCUUAGUGGGAAUCCUUCAGUUUCUUUCAGGGUGAUAUCUGCUUCGUCUUCCUCGACCUUGUCCAAGAUUUGUACUUUAAGGAUAUUUAUUGAAAUAAACGGCAGGUAAUUCAGUUAA